CCAGACAGUUGUAGAGGUGCAGAUGACAGACUCAAUAAUUCCUCUGUAGAAUUAUAUCAGCAGCUCCUUGGAUAUAGUGGAAUGGCAACUCUCAAAGUCAGAGUGGCUGUGCUGGAUGGGAACUACAAUCUAAAUGUAGUUGAGAGACAAUCUGUUGAAUCUCUCCAUGGAAUGAUGUCGGCAAUUGGAAUGGCUGCCUUAUGUAUUUUCUUUCUCUAGGUGAUGCGCCAGUUUGUAAGACAUGAAUCUGAGGUCUCAACCACCCUAGAAAGAUCUUUAAAUCGUAUCCAACUGCUUGGUCGAGUAGGACAGGAUCCAGUCAUGAGACAAAUGGAAGGAAAAAAUCCUGUCACAAUUUUCAGCCUAGCCACCAAUGAGAUGUGGCGAUCGGGAGACAGCGAAGUGGUUCAAGGAGAUGAUGUUACGCAGAAGACUACAUGGCACAGAAUCUCCGUAUUCAGGCCGGGGCUGAGAGACUUAGCUUAUCGGUUUGUGAAGAAAGGUGCUCGGCUCUACGUGGAAGGAAAGAUAGAUUAUGGCGAAUAUACAGAUAAAAACAAUGUGAGGCGGCAAGCCACAACUGUCAUUGCAGAUAACAUUAUUUUCCUGAGUGAUGCUAAGGAUAUAUUUCCUGAGUCGACUUAAAGAAAAGGAAUGAAGCAAAUGGGAUUUGGACUGAGGGUUAAGCUGUUCUUCAUUUUUUCCCUUUUUUCUUCUUUUUAUUGUAAGCUUUUCCUAAUACCAUAAUCAUGUCUUUGUUGUCUAGCCUGAUAAAAAUAAUUUUUUUGUACAAAAAGAACAUGUAUUUAAUUUCUUGCCCGCUGCAAUCAAGAAAUUCUUAACAAAUCAUCGUAAUAAAUCAUCUUGAGAACAAUUACAUAACAGUAAGCAGUUCCACCACAGAUCACUUUUAAAAUACAGUAAAAAAAGAUGAUGACAGCUAUAAAUCAAAAGCUCCUUAAACAAUUCUGCUUUUUAUAAUUUCCUGAAACUGAAUAUAAUUUUUGCUUUGUUCAGGCUUUUGACAUAUGAGACAUAGACACUUCCCAGAAAAUCCUCUUACUGGAGGUGAGAGAGAAAGGUGCAUUAUUGUUUGUUUCUUUGUUUUGGCUGCUUUGCUAAGUGUGAUGCAAUGAAAGUUAAAUGAGAAGUGCAGCUUUGCUGAUUGGCCAGACCCAGAGCCAAAUUAUUUAGCAGCAUUGAUGUGCCUUUCAGUGGCAACAUAACAUUUCUAUAGAGCUCUUGUGCUCCCCAAGUUUCGUUGUUCGUUGCAGACAUUUCAUUACCCGACUAAAUAACAUCCAUGCAACAACCGAACUCGGAGCAGCAAAAGAUUUCACAGUUCAGCCCUGAGCUACAGGUAUGCUCUUCUAUGGCUAUGAUUUCUAGAUUUAAAGUGGGCUCCUCGCGCAUAUCCAAGGUCAGUUGAGAAGAGGUGCGAUUUUGUAAGAGAACUCACUUCUCCAGCAAGCGUUUCCUAUGCAACACCUAUGUAAAUC